AAGGUCAGUGCCGGGGCUCGAGCCGCGGCCGUUGGAGCUGGAGUGGGUGCCGGCGGUCGGAGGUGGCGGCUCGGACAGCAGGCGGCAUGGGGAAGGAGCAGUUCAGGGAGACGGAUGUGGCCAAGAAAAUAAGCCACAUCUGUUUUGGGAUGAAGUCUGCAGAACAGAUGAGGCAGCAAGCGCAUAUCCAGGUAGUCAGCAAGAACCUGUAUAGUCAAGAUAACAGUCAUACUCCUUUGUCCCAUGGUGUAUUGGAUCAUCGCAUGGGAACCAGUGAGAAGGAUCGUCCAUGUGAAACAUGUGGAAAGAAUCUGGCUGACUGCAUUGGACAUUAUGGUUACAUUGACUUGGAGUUGCCAUGUUUCCAUGUUGGUUAUUUUAAAGCUAUUAUUGGCAUCUUGCAGAUGAUCUGUAAAGUAUGUUCUCAUAUCUUGCUGUCUCAAGAAGAAAAGAAGCUGUUUCUUGAUACUUUAAAAAGGCCUGGUUUAACCUAUCUUCAGAAACGAGGCCUAAAGAAGAAAGUCUCUGAAAAAUGCAGGAAAAGGACCUUCUGUCUAUAUUGUGGAUCCUUCAAUGGUCCUGUGAAAAAAUGUGGCUUAUUGAAAAUUAUUCAUGAAAAGUACAAGACAAAUAAGAAAGUGAUGGAUCCUGUGGUAUCGGAUUUUCUACAGUCUUUUGAUAUUGCCAUAGAACAUAACAAAGAAGUGGAGGCGUUGCUUGGAAGAGCUCAGGAGAAUCUAAAUCCCCUUGUGGUGUUAAAUAUGUUCAAAAGAAUUCCCUCAGAAGAUAUCCCACUGCUGCUUAUGAAUCUGGAAGCAGGAAAACCUGCAGACCUGGUGCUUACUCGAUUGCUAGUUCCUCCACUUUGUAUCAGGCCUUCUGUGGUCAGCGAUCUUAAAUCGGGAACUAACGAGGACGACCUAACAAUGAAGCUGACAGAAAUCAUCUUCUUAAAUGAUGUAAUUAAAAAGCAUCGAAUGUCUGGAGCAAAAACUCAAAUGAUCAUGGAAGACUGGGAUUUCCUACAAUUACAGUGUGCACUUUACAUUAAUAGUGAACUUUCUGGAAUUCCUCUCAACAUGGCACCCAAGAAGUGGACCAGAGGGUUUGUACAAAGGCUGAAAGGAAAACAAGGUCGAUUUCGAGGAAACUUGUCUGGUAAAAGAGUGGAUUUUUCCAGCAGAACUGUAAUCUCUCCUGAUCCUAACCUACGUAUAGAUGAAGUAGCAGUUCCAGUACAUGUGGCAAAGAUCCUGACAUAUCCUGAAAGGGUGACAAAAGCCAACCUGGAAUUUAUGCGGAAGCUUGUACGUAAUGGACCUGAAGUGCAUCCAGGGGCUAAUUUUAUUCAACAGCGACACACAAAUCUGAAGAGAUUUCUAAGAUAUGGAAAUAGGGAGAAAAUGGCACAAGAACUGAAGUACGGUGACAUUGUGGAGCGACAUCUAAUUGAUGGAGAUGUAGUCCUGUUCAAUAGACAACCAUCCCUGCACAAACUGAGCAUCAUGGCCCAUAUUGCCAAGGUGAAACCGCACAGAACAUUCCGGUUCAAUGAAUGUGUCUGCACACCUUAUAAUGCAGAUUUUGAUGGUGAUGAAAUGAAUCUUCAUCUUCCUCAAACUGAGGAGGCCAAGGCUGAAGCACUGGUUCUAAUGGGGACAAAAGCCAAUUUGGUAACUCCUAGAAAUGGGGAACCUCUUAUUGCUGCAAUCCAGGACUUUCUAACAGGUGCCUAUCUGCUUACCAGGAAAGACACUUUCUUUGACCGAGCCAAGACAUGUCAGAUCACUGCUGCUAUUCUUUCAGGCAAAGAUGAGCGAAUCAAAAUUAGUCUUCCACCUCCUGCAAUCUUAAAGCCUGUGACGUUGUGGACAGGGAAGCAAAUUUUUAGCCUCAUUCUUAAACCAAACAAGGACUGUCCUAUUAAGGCAAACCUGCGUACCAAGGGCAAACAGUACUGUGGAAAAGACGAAGACCUCUGUUAUAAUGACUCCUUCGUUGUAAUCCAGAACAGUGAGCUGAUGUCUGGCAGCCUGGAUAAAGGAACUCUGGGAUCAGGUUCCAAGAACAACAUCUUCUACAUCCUGCUGAGAGACUGGGGACAGAUGGCGGCCGCAGACGCUAUGUCUCGUCUUGCUCGACUGGCUCCUGUUUAUCUGUCCAAUCGAGGGUUUUCUAUUGGUAUUGGUGAUGUAACACCAGGUAAGGGGCUGUUGAAAGCCAAACAGGAACUACUGGAUGCUGGCUACAAGAAGUGUGAUGAAUUCAUUGAAGCACUGAACACAGGCAAACUUCAACAACAACCUGGAUGCACAGCGGAAGAAACAUUAGAAGCCUUGAUCCUUAAAGAGCUGUCUGUGAUUAGAGACCAUGCUGGCAGUGCUUGCCUUAGGGAGCUGGACAAGAGUAACAGCCCUCUUACUAUGGCCCUCUGUGGUUCAAAAGGAUCCUUCAUCAAUAUCUCCCAGAUGAUUGCCUGUGUAGGACAGCAGGCUAUUAGUGGAUCCCGUGUUCCUGAUGGUUUUGAGAACAGAUCUUUACCUCACUUUGAAAAGCAUUCUAAGCUUCCAGCAGCAAAGGGAUUUGUAGCAGACAGUUUCUAUUCUGGUUUAACUCCAACAGAGUUCAUCUUCCAUACCAUGGCUGGUCGCGAAGGCCUAGUGGAUACUGCUGUAAAAACAGCAGAGACUGGGUAUAUGCAGAGACGUUUGGUUAAAUCUUUAGAGGAUCUUUGCACACAGUAUGAUUUAACUGUUCGCAGCUCAACUGGUGAUAUCAUCCAGUUUAUCUAUGGUGGCGAUGGCUUAGAUCCAGCAGCUAUGGAAGGCAAAGAUGAACCUUUAGAAUUUAAGAGGGUUCUGGAUAAUAUUCGGGCCAUUUACCCAUGCCACAGUGAACCAGCUUUGAGUAAGAAUGAAGUGGUUACAGCUGCGGAGGCAAUUAUGAAGAGAAGCGAAUUCCUUUGUUGUCAAAAUGAAUAUCUGCAGGCAAUCAGAAAUUUUAUCAAGGAUUUUUCUGAGAAGAUCAAGAAAACCAGAGACAAAUAUGGGAUUAAUGACAAUGGAACUACUGAGCCCCGUGUUUUAUACCAGUUGGAUCGAAUAACUCCUACACAAGUAGACAAAUUUCUAGAAACCUGUAGGGACAAGUACAUGAGAGCCCAAAUGGAACCAGGUUCUGCUGUUGGUGCUUUAUGUGCACAGAGUAUAGGAGAGCCAGGCACACAGAUGACCUUGAAGACUUUCCACUUUGCUGGUGUAGCUUCUAUGAAUAUUACUCUGGGUGUACCCAGAAUAAAGGAAAUUAUUAAUGCAUCAAAAUCUAUAAGCACUCCAAUUAUUACAGCGCAUCUUGACCAAGAUGAUGAUGCUGACUUUGCUCGACUGGUAAAAGGAAGAAUUGAAAAGACUCUGCUUGGAGAAGUUUCAGAAUAUAUUGAAGAAGUUUUUCUGCCCGAUGACUGCUUCAUUCUUGUUAAGCUUUCCCUAGAAAGAAUCCGACUUCUGAGACUAGAGGUGAAUGCAGAAACUGUGAAAUACUCCAUUUGCACGUCAAAACUACGAGUCAAACCAGGUGACGUUGCAGUUCACGGUGAAGCAGUCAUGUGUGUCACACCUCGAGAGAAUAGCAAAAGUUCGAUGUACUAUGUUCUUCAGUAUCUAAAAGAGGAACUGCCAAAGAUUGUUGUCCAAGGUAUUCCAGAAGUCGCCAGAGCAGUUAUUCAUGUUGAUGAGCAAGGUGGAAAGGAGAAGUACAAACUAUUGGUGGAAGGUGACAAUUUGCGUGCUGUAAUGGCAACUCAUGGUGUCAAAGGAACACGUACAACGUCAAACAACACUUACGAGGUAGAGAAGACAUUGGGCAUCGAAGGUGCUCGAUCCACUAUCAUCCAUGAGAUCCAAUAUACAAUGAAAAAUCACGGGAUGAGCAUUGACAGAAGACAUGUUAUGCUUUUAUCAGACCUGAUGACGUACAAGGGAGAAGUAUUGGGAAUAACCCGGUUUGGCUUGGCAAAAAUGAAAGAAAGUGUUCUGAUGUUGGCCUCAUUUGAGAAAACUGCAGAUCAUCUCUUUGAUGCUGCGUACUUUGGACAGAAGGAUUCUGUGUGUGGUGUGUCAGAGUGUAUUAUUAUGGGAAUCCCAAUGAACAUAGGAACAGGACUUUUCAAACUUCUUCACAAAGCUGACAAGGACCCAGACCCACCGAAGAGACCAUUGAUAUUUGACAAUACUGAAUUCCAUAUCCCAAUUGUUACGUAGCAGGAUAUGCAUGGACUGCUUUGAACUACAGAGUUUUAUUAUGACUGGAUGAUGGAAUCCUGUUCAGUUUGUUUCGGAAUACUUACAGGAGGGAAUUUCCUGCAACUGUUGCUCUGUUGAGAGUACAGACCAAAAUGAACAUCACGCAACACCGAAAUGUUGCAGUAUAAGAUGCAACCUGGUGAAAGGUUAUAUUUUAUGAAAGGCUGCUAAAACAUACUUGUUUUCACUGUCAAAGAAAUUUAUUUUAAAUCAUGACUGUGGCUUUUCCAUAGGAAUGAGUGUUUAGUAAUGGUAUUUAUAAGUUUAAAUCUUCAGGUUAUCAAGGAUUGAUAACUUGAUUGGACUGAGAGUCGAAGAAUUAAUUAGUAAAUAAGCAUAAGUGUUUUAUUUUAAAUUUCUAUGGUUGGAAUCUGGACAGAUUAUGAUGCUAACUUGUGUGGAAGUAAUCCAUCAAGUUUAACAUAGUAAAGGAAUUAUACGUUGAAGAUGUUACAACUAUUCUGUGUUGUUACUGGACUGGAACAACAGUGCAUCCAACUUAACCUUUGCUUUGAGUUUGGCCAGAGUUUAAAAGAUUAUAUUGGGAAAUGCUGGUCACAUAAUUAGGUUUUCCUGUCUCAAAGCAAAAAAGACAAUGGAUAUUUUGAAUUGCUGUAAUUGGAAAAGUAUCCUUUUGGAAUUGCAACACAAUGGAUUUACCACUGCAGAAACAAAAUAAACAUCUCUUUGUCCAGAAUA